UCGCUAGCCCUCCCCAAGCUCUGCUUCCCACCUCUCUCGCCUCGCCGCCAGCUUGCGUCACCAGAUCCACUGCUCCGACACCGUCUCACUGCGACUCCACCAGACAACGGCGCCCCACCGUGACGCUCCCACACAAGCCAACGACGAAACCUUGCAGUUCCACCUCACCAGCCUGCUCCAUCCGCCUUGCACCUCCAGUUCCGCCUCGCAUCGGUGGACCGCACCGUCCAGCCUUCGGCCCCAAUGUUCGUCAGUCGAGCCUCCCCGCCGAGCAGCAUGGCUAUGCCUUAGUACUCUCCACCAAUGCGACCCAAGUGCGAUUAUGUAGUCUUCUUCAGUCGCUAGGCUCCCCCAUCUACUGAAUCGGCUGCAUCCCCAUCUAUUUCAAUCGGCCGGCCGGAGUAUAGGCAUUUGGAUUUCAAAAUUGCGGCCCUUUUUGAAGCUCCCCAACCCUGAAUCAAAGGUGACACUCAACAAUGAGUAAAAAGGAGUCGAUCAUGCUCCAGAGUCGAUAUUCAGCAGGUCGGUUACAUGAUAUUGUCAAGGGUCUCCCACUGCAAAGGAAAGACCUAAUUUCUGGAAACAAAUGGGGUAAUCUACUUAAUAUUAGCAAAUUCUCAGCUCUAGAGGGUCUCCUAGAAUGUAUCGUUGACCGGAUUGAUCCAAAGCUAGGUGAAUUUCGGAAUCCACGAAAAAAUACCAGCAUCCUAUUCACUCGACAAAUGGUUGAAAAGGUUCUCGGACUUCCUCAUGGUACUAGGCAUGUGGUUAUCAUAAGCAAGCAUGAAGAAUGACCUCACCGAGAAUUCUACAAGACGGAAUAUGAACAUGGGAGACGGGCGCCCAUUCACUAUGGUGCCACUAUGCUAGAUAAAGGCAAUGAUUUAGAUGAUGAGACCUUCUUCAGAACCUUCUUCCGAGUAGCUUGGCUACUCAUAUGGCACCCAGAACUGGAAAUAUGGUUCCUUUGGAGUAUUUAGUCAGCCUUGAAGUUGCUGAUGAGGUUUGCGAGUAUGCAUGGGGAGAACAAAUUAUGAAAGAUGUCAUCUCCGAGGUCGAUACAUUCCAAAAGAAGAAGAAAAAAGCACUAUUAGAUGGUGUCUUCAAAAAAAUAUGGGUUGGCAGUUGCCUACCUUUGCUCGCGAUUAUAUACAUGGACCAUCUUGACUUUCCAGAAUCAUCUUUGUCGACGCAUCAAAUAAAUUACUCACUUCCGAGAGCAUCCCAUGUAACCGAUGACGACUUUGAUUUUGUCAUGCUACAUGAUAAAAGUAGACUGAGCCUCAACCCACAUAUUUAUGGCGCACGACCGUUUCGUGCACUUGACACCACCCCAUAUGCCAUCCAAGCGCCAAACUACAAGGACCAAUCUGACCAACAGCCAUAUAUUCAGCAAACAGAAACUGAUUCUACCGAACAUCCAGCCGGGGACAUGCAUCACCAGGUCCCUACAUUACCUAUCAAGCAAUCUAAGGAACCAUCAGCAUUCAUACUACCAAUUUUGCAAAGGCAUAGUUCAAAAUGGGCAGAAGAUAUUUCAAAAGCCACAUCACGACUUACUAAACUGCAUGCCAAGCGCAUGAACGAGUUGGCACAAGAUGUCAUUGCUGCCACAAAAAACCAUAACCCGAUACCACCUACUUAUUCUUCGCCUCCUAGGGAUGUCCAAGACUCAUCUGCUGAAAAAGCUCAAAAUAAUGGCACAAAAGCCACACCCGACACCAGGUUUUGGCAGGAAGCAACUGCAUACGCCGAUGAGUCCAAGCUACUUGUUCCCGAGGACAAAUUUGAUGCUAGCAACUGCCUUCGUGAAUUCAACACCGCAUACCAUGAGGGCUCGCUCAAGUCAAAGGAUCUCAACCUUCUUCCUAGUAGCAUUGGCUACUCAUAUGGUACCCGAACUGGAAAUAUGGUUCCUUUGGAGUAUUUAGGCAGCCUUGAAGUUGCUGAUGAGGUUUGCGAGUAUGCAUGGGGAGAACAAAUUCUGAAAGAUGUCAUGUCCGAGGUCAAUACAUUCCAAAAGAAGAAGAAAAAAGCACUAUUAGAUGGUGUCUUCAAAAAAAUAUGGGUUGGCAGCUGCCUACCUUUGCUCGCGAUUAUAUACAUUGACCAUCUUGACUUUCCAGAAUCAUCUUUGUCGACGCAUCGAAUAAAUUACUCACUUCCGAGAAUAUCCCAUGUAACAGAUGACGACUUCGAUUUUGUCAUGCUACAUGACAAAAGUAGACUGAGCCUCAUCCCACAUAUUUAUGGCGCACGACCGUUUCGUGCACUUGACACCACCCCAUAUGCCAUCCAAGCGCCAAACUACAAGGACCAACCUGACCAACAGCCAUAUAUUCAGCAAACAGAAACUGAUUCUACCGAACAUCCAGCCGGGGACAUGCAUCACCAGGUCCCUACAUUACCUAUCAAGCAAACUGAGGUGCAACAUUAUCAAAUUUCACUUGCUCACAUUUUUACAUAA